AUGGCACCAUGGACGAGAUGGCUGAACAGUCUGCUUGUCAGCCUCUUUGCACACACUUCUAUCGUCCUGGCCCAGUUUCCUCCCCUGCCUGUCAAUGAUUCCCUCAUCAUAAUUCCUUCUCCAGUCAAUCCGAAUGUCUCGCUCGCCUACAAAAGCGUCCCUGCUGGGACUUGUACAACAGUUUUUGAGACUCAAAAACAAUUCGCCGGUUACAUUACUUUGCCGCCAAAUGUCUUGGAUCCUAGUCAGGGAAACUACACCAUCAACACUUUUUUCUGGUUCAUUGAAGCGAGACAGUUGCCUGAAUCAGCUCCGUUGGUAGUCUUCAUCAAUGGCGGGCCCGGCUCCAGCAGCAUGGUUGGUCUCUUUCAAGAAGUUGGACCUUGUCAAGUUGUGGAAAUUGCCAAUGGUCGGCUGGGCACAGUCGCGCGAGACUGGGGUUGGGAUCGCAGUAGCAACAUUAUCUUCAUUGACCAGCCCGUUCAGGUUGGCUUCUCCUACGAUGUCCUGACGAACACAUCUCUAAAUUUGCUCGACGAAACCACCGUUGUUCCGCCAACAAUGAUACCCAUCUCACAACCCGCCUACACCUUUCUCAAUGGCACCUUCGGAUCGGGAAAUCCAUCUUUCACGGCCAAUACCUCUCAAAUUGCUGCUCAAUCGCUAUGGCAUUUCCUGCAGACAUUUCUCACUUCUUUCCCGCAGUACAAUACUGCUCUUCGCACACAAGCCGUUAAACCCACGUCGGAGGUCCACCUUUUCACAGAAUCCUACGGAGGUAAGUAUGGGCCCGCUGUUGGAGCCUUCUUCGGCAGUCAGAAUGAGCGUCGUCAGACAGAUUUCGAUUUCGCAAACACGACCAUCAAUAUUACGCUGAAAUCACUGGGAAUCAUCAAUGGUUGGAUCGAUCUUCUCACUCAGACGCCAUUUCAUCCAAAAUUCGCGUACGAGAACACCUAUGCAAUUGAAACCAUCUCGCAACUGCAAGAACUCAACGCUCUAAGCGCCUAUGGCAGCGCAGACGGCUGCCAGCAGCAAACUGCCUUUUGCCGUUCAGAAGAAGCCGCCCUCGACCCGAUGGGCUACGGAAACGUGAAUGCGGUUAAUGAAGCAUGUUCGCAAGCGCAAUCGUACUGCGAAUCCUAUGUCGUCGGCCCAUACACUACAUCUGGGCGAUCUCUUUACGACAUUUCUCAAAAUGUGCUCGAUCCCUUUCCUGGGGCGCUCUAUUUAGAAUAUCUGAAUCAGCUGUCAGUCCAACAAGCGCUUGGUGUUCCAGUCAACUAUAGUCAAGAUUCGAUGGCUGUUUUUACUGCCUUCAAUAUCACAGGAGACUAUGCGCGAGAUGGCAUUAUUCAAGAUCUGGUUGAUCUUCUCAAUUCUGGUGUCAGAGUCGCGCUCAUCUACGGAGACAGAGACUACAUCUGCAACUGGCUAGGAGGAGAAGCAGCUUCCUUCGCGGUAGCCGGUGCGGCGGGUCCAUCUUAUUUACCGUGGUACGCUGCUGGAUACGCUCCCAUCGUGGCAAAUAGCACAUACGUCGGCGGUGUUGUUCGAGAGUUUGGGAACCUGAGUUUCAGCCGAAUCUAUGAUGCAGGCCACUUGGUGCCUGCCUAUCAGCCAGAGACCGCUUUCACGAUCUUUUCGCGUAUCGUUGAGGGGACAGAUAUUAGUAUGGGUAUGCCUGCCGACUUGUCGACCUACUCGUCGUUUGGUGACGCAAAUUCCUCAUACCAGAAUGUCGCACCUCCAAUGGCGGAACCGACGUGCUACCUUCGCGCCGUCAAUACGACCUGUAACACCGACCAGAAGAACAUGAUCGCGAACAAUGUCGGCGUUAUUAUCAACGGAAUUCUAUACGACGAUGCUGCGGAGUGGCAGCCACCAGAUCCAGGGAUCACCACGAUGGCUGGAUCGCCUGGCACGCCGCCGGUCAGCAUAGUCACCAGCCCCCCGACGACAGAAACGAGCAUGACGCAGACAGAAGGCCAAACAUCAAAUCUGAACACCACAAGCACAACAACCAGCACCAGGAACUCGCCCUCAGGGGCUGGUACUAGAGAACAUCCGACAGGUCAACAACCUCCCACCAGCCUCCCAACCGGCGUGUUUACAGCAACAACCAUCCCGCCAACGUCACCCGCUAGCAGAAGUGCGACCACCAGCGCAAGUAACGCCGCGUCGCCAUGCUCUCACAGCAAUGUUUUUCGCUCUUUGUCGUUUUCGCUAGAUACCCGGCCCACAGUGGCAGCAUUUCUUUACCUAAUUGGUGUUUUGAGUCAUCCCUUCGUCGUUUAA